AUGAAGAUUACAAGCGCGGUUCUUGCUUUUUGCAUGGUUUGGGGUUCCACAACGGGAUUUUCCAUUAAUAAUAACUUGGCUCCACGAGUAGCCACUACCCGGUUGGCCACCAUUGAAGAUGCCACCGGAACGGAUUAUCUCGACAUGUUCCCACAAGAAAUUGCCAUGCAACGAAUCGAGGGAGGAGGUACCGUUCGUACCUACCAGAUGCCCGUCGAUGCCGAUAGAUGUCAAUACGUCCUAAAAUCGGAAGGACGUCCUCUGAAGGCCGUCGUCGAACUCUGGUUGGGACCUCUUCGUAGAACCCACAUUAUGGAUAUUAGCGUCGAAGAUGGAGCCAAGACUCCCUACCGAGCUACACUCAAGUUCAAGCCCGGUGGUCCUCAAGUACUCCGAAUCCGAUCUACGGACAAGAAAUUCCAUUUGCCACUCUCGGCAGGAGUUUACGUCCCAGAUAAGGAACGUCGCGCCGAACUCAGGGCCAACACCGAAAGUCUUUUUGACAGAGUCCCAAAGCAAAAGAUUCAAGGAAACAACGUCGGAGGAGGUGGAUCCGCCGUGCGUCUCUUCCCCAUUGACAAUUACGUCGAAGCCGUCCAAGUCUUGUUCUGGGCCGUCAAUACAGGAAAGAAGUCCUUGAAGGCCACCAUUGAAGUGCUGCAGGGACCCAACAAUGUCAAACAGGUGUACCAGCUUCAUGCCGGUGGUGGUUCCCAACCAUAUCACGGAGUCAUUGAAACCCCCGGUGAUGGUGUCGUUCUUCGAAUUACCAAUCGAAAGUUUGUUGAAGAUGGUCUCUUUGAAGCAGCAGUCGUCCCCUACAAGUAUUCCUAUGCCUCCCGUCCGGGCUCCACCGGUGGUGCCAUGAAGGAGUGGUGGCAGUAA